GCACAGCCACACAGCACACAGCACGGGCGGAGAUGGAGAAGUAUUUCGGAAAUGCUUACCGGGGAGACCCGGGAGUCCCCCACUGCAACCCGAUGGACUUCUGGGGCGCUUGGGCCGGCGCCGCUGCCUUCUCUGCUGUCACCUGGGUUAAUCCCUACAUUUGGCAUUUCACCACUGAUGAUAAUUAUCAUGAUAAAGCAAUGCUUUAUGAGCAUCAUCACUGGAAACGAGCACGCGAUAAGAAUAAGCCACAUAGGUUUGAGUGGAAUAAAACGUCGGAGGAAUUUAGAGAGAACUACUACUUCAACUGGCCAGUGUUCUUUAAAUAGGGUUCUUGGAUCCAAAACAAUUUGAGACCUGGGAAACAACUGUUUUGCAUUGUGGGAUCUCUUUAGUACUAAAAGGUCAAGACAAAUACUGUGAUGGUUUAUGAGUACAUUUGUUAUGUUGCACUUUUGGCCUCUGGUUUAUAUACUAAUACUCUCUUUUCCCCCCAUCUGCUGUCUGCCCUGCACUAUUUGUUCUCAUGAUUGAAGAAUUGCCUCAGCUUGUGCUCUAAUCAACAAUGUAAAGACUGCAGUAUUAGUUUGUAGUGCAACAAAUAGUACAACAUUAGUUUAUUAA